AUGGAUUUGCUUCCUCACGGCUAUUUCAGGGAUGAAGCGUUGUCCCGCCAGCUUACCAAGGUGAGCAUGAAAAUGCAUUUGAAAGUCGAAAAUGUGUCGGGAGAAAGGACAAUGCAAAAGCCUUCGGCAGCUGCACCGUUAUACCCUCCAGUAACCGUAAUAGUGAGGAAAAUGGUUUCUGCGAGGUGUGAAAAUCGUAAUAUCAGAUAUAGAAGCGAAGCGUGGUUGAAAACCGUGAAGCUUGCUGAGCUCGGAACAGAGAUUUUACUGCCCUGUGUCCUGAAAUCACCACAGUGUGACGGUCUGCACAGCAUCAAGUGGUAUCACGGAUCCACGAGGAUUUUCAUUUUCAGUGAGGAUGCUGGGGUUAUACGCGGCAAUAACGACAUUGCUGCUAGGGCGGACAUAGAGUAUUCGUCGAAUUCAUCAAGAUCGUAUUUGAAGCUAUCCGAAAUUCAACUGAACAACGAAGGUCUGUAUAAAUGCGAGGCUACGUAUAUGGCGGUCAACCGCGAGUGCAACAACGUGCAGCACGUUCUUCUUAACGUCACAGUGCAACCAGCGUUUGUACGUGUCAUCGAUGAAAAUUCCAAAAAUACUUUGAGCACUGGCGCCACUUUAGGACCUAUAAAUGAGGGCUCGACAAUAUCAUUGUACUGUGAGAGUGGAGAAGGCAAACCUGUACCUACGGUUGAGUGGUUUAAAGAUGACGAGCUACUCGAAGCAACGAACUCGAGGACUGUCACCGAUACCGGAAUUGGUACUGGCAGUAGUUUACUGGAGAUGCAAAUUACACGAGAAGAGUUAGGUGCAACAUUCACGUGUAAAGUCAACAAUAUUGCACUCGUGGAACCACUAACAGUUGACAUUAAUUUAGACAUACAUGUGCGUCCACUGAAAAUGGAUUUGGAGGGAGUGGUCGGUCAUGUCGUGCAGGGUACGAAGAUUUUAUUGCAAUGUAAGGUACAGUCCGCACGACCCGCUGCUAAUGUGACAUGGAAGAAUGGAACGCACCUUUUAAGCGAGAACAAUGAGAGAUUCGAAAUGUUCGAAACAAAAAUACACGAAAAUAAGGACGGUACAUUCGAGACGAUAAGUUAUCUCGCGUUUACAGCAUCAGUAUACGACAAUGGCAAGACGUUUAAGUGUUACGCCGAAAAUUCGGUUACUCGUAUCGAAGAUCUAAAACCAAUGAAGGAAGCAACAACGAUCGAAGUAUUAUAUCCGCCAAUAAUUAAAAUGAAGCCAAACAACAUAACUGUUAACGAGACAGACGACUUUUUAAUAUUUUGCGAUUAUGAGGCAAAUCCGGCUACGCUACUAAAGGUGACGUGGUUACGAGACGACGAUGAAUUAGUGUUAAACGAAGAACAUUACGAUGGUGGAAUCACGGAACAAACAGCACUCACAGUGAAAAACGCGACUCCUAGCGACAUGGGUUCUUACAAAUGCAUCCUGGAAAACAACGCCGGUCCAACCGUUUCCGAGGCUACCGUACAGGUUUCAGUCUUUUAUAAGCCGGUGGUGGAAGUGAUAAUGGAUCCGGAAACACCUGUGAACGAGGCGGAUCGUCUGAAUGUUUCGCUAACGUGCGAGGUCGACGCCGGUAAUCCGGCGAUACUGACAGCCGUCCGUUGGUAUUUGGACGGAGACCUAUUGAAAGAACUUCCGGAUUGCUCGAGGAAUAGCACUGCGAGCUCCGAGGAAUCAUUGGCAUUCUGUGACAUCGACCCCAGCAAAUUGCUGCUGGAAUCUGUCGGCCGCACCUUCCACGGCAACUAUUCCUGCGAGGGGAAAAACGAUGCUGGUUGGGGACCGAACUCCCCGAGCACGUCUGUCAUAGUUUAUUAUAAGCCCGGCCCGGCGUCGAUAACGUACGAACCUCGGCAAGUGGUGAAGAAACAAGCAUUAUCCAUCACUUGCUUCGUUUUGGAUCCCGGCCGACCGAGGGUGUCAGGCUUCAAGUGGCUGCGCGGCUGGCACCGACUUCCAGACGAGAACGAAGCCACACUCUUCAUCGAGUCAGUUAAUUUGGAAACCGAGGCGAAUUUCACAUGUCUGGCUUACAACGAAGCUGGUGAUGGAGAACCAGCCACAACGUUUAUCGACGUAUCCGUGGCCCCAACGUUCAUUAAGAAACUCCAUUCGUAUCGCGGCUACGUCUAUAACGCGCCUAACGUGAGCAUCAUGUGUUGGGUCGAAUGCGCUCCGAUCUGCACUAUUUCCUGGCUGAGAGAUGACAUUCCCAUGAACUUCACGAAAACGAAUCGAUACUACGUGUCGAACGUUUAUCAUCCGCCUGACCCAAGGACCGACGACUUCGAGAGCAUCCAAUCGACUCUCAUAUGGAAUCUGACGGUCUGGCCGAAUGGUCAGCUCGACCGUGCUGAGGAUAACGUCAAAUUUACCUGCAAGAGCAGUAGCAACGGAAUCGGUCCGGGCGUGGAGAGUUUCACCCACUUUCAUGUCGAGUUUCCCCCAGAGGAUAUUACAAUAUCGAAGAAGAUAAUCAAUGUGAUAGAGGAUACAGUACCAGAAACUGUUGAGUGCAACGCGAAAGCGCGACCAAAACCAAACUUCCGGUGGUUCCGCGAAGGAUCCGCGGAUCCUGAUAUCAUUACAGAAGGUCACGUGUUUGACUUGAAAAUGCCAAUACCACGGCGCAGUAGUAGCACUUAUUAUUGCGAGGCAUGGAAUCGUCACGGCUCCUUGAAUAUCUCAUUUAUCAUGAAUGUGCAAUUUAAACCAAACUGUCAAAUAGAAAAAGAACGAUUUGAGGGCCAGGAUUAUGUCGUUUGCUCAGCCAACGCCAAUCCGAAACAGACGGAUUUCACUUGGUCAUUGAAGAACGAAAACGAUUCGCUAGAGCAGGUCGCACAAAUACGAAACGGAAAAAGUUAUAUGCUGCUCGAUACCUCAGUCACUAACUUCCGGACAUAUGUGUGCGUGGCAAACAACACAAUCGGCCAUUCCGUAGCGUGUGAACGCGAUAUACCAGCCCACCAUGGAGUUAAACGACAUAUACCUUGGUGGCAUCGAUUGGACGGUAAUCUGCUACUGAUUAUUAUCGUAAUGACGGUGGUCAUGAUACUAGUCCUAAUACUGAUCUGCGUGGCCAUUUAUAUCGUGUGCCGACGAAAACGCAGUCAAUUGAAAUACAGUACGCGGGUGGUCGAACUGGAGGAACGUGAACAUCCAGACGGUGGACCGCCCAGUCCAACGGUAUCUUCGCACUCAGUUCAAACCCCGGCACAGCCGACACCGGCGCCGAGAUGGCCCUUGAAGCCGGGCGUACUAGUGCACAUCAAUCGAACUCACAGCCUGCGAUCCGGCCUGAGCGUUCGUGCGAACGAGGCUAAUUUGCAAAACGAGCUGGUGGGCAAACAUAACGAUGAAUCGCUCAGACAGAGGUUCCUCGACGAGACAUCGUUGUCAUCGAUUGGCCGUAACCCAACUCGGGCGGUAUUCCGCCGCGGUAGGAAAGAUCAAACCGCGCAGAGGACAACCAGCAUGACCAGUCUGAACGAAGACGGUAUGCUUGCCCGAGCUAACAAGAUAAAAGCCAUGUUUGGCGUACAGCUCAAAGAGCAAGCCACCCUACCCGGUAUAUCCAGAGAAAAGACAGCUGUGACUUACAAGAGAAUUGUGCCGCGACAGCGAAUAUUGCACGGCGUGGAAUCAUCCUAUGAGCCAAAUCGUGGUAAUAUAUCUCGUAAGCGAAAAAAACCUGGAGCAGAUCCCAAUCAAGCCGCGAAUAACAAUCAUGUGAACAGCGUGUCGGAAGUUCUUCCCGACUCCGGGACAAAGACGUUCUACGAAAAUUUACCUUUCCACGGGAUCCAAGCGCCACCUAACAAGACCGACAGCCUAUACAACUACAAAGAACACUACCAGCAGCAGCAUCGGCAGGAGAUGCAGCAGUACAGCUACCCCUUACCGAGCAACAGUUCGAACCAACUAACACUGCCACUAACGAGCAGCCUCUAUCAUUCCUCGAUAGUUAGUCCCCUGCAGACCUCCCUCGUUUACACUAACAACAGCCGUCCAUCCACCCUGAUGCACCAUGAGGCUGCAACCACUGGCAAUCACUCGUCUACGGUGCAUCAGGACGAGGAGCAGCAGCAGCCGAAUUAUGGUAAUUCCGACGCGAGACAAUCAUCGACGCGUCGACAUGCCAUGAAUCGGCGAAAUGAGCGUAAUCGGAAGUACCGGAAGCACGAACGAAUGUCGAGCGAUCGAAACAAGUCGAAGCAGAGCCGACAAAGGGACAGAGACGCUCCUUCACGGCGUAACAAUACUUCCUUUGUCGAUACACCCAACUACGAGACCAGCUUCCGUCAAAUCCCGGAUCUGGGCGUGCCUGAGACGACGUACAAGAUCUCGUAUCCGCAUUACUACGAGGACGACAUCGUGGAGUGCUCCACCGACUAUCACAGACCAAACCCGACGAAAGCGCGUCAGCAACAGCAGCAACAGCAGCAACAGCCGCCGUGGGAGCAUCAAUCGAAUCGCUGUACCGGCAAUAACACGCCUCAAUUCGCAGCGGACGCGGGCGACGUAAAAAAUCGCAACAAAACGUCGAAGACGAGACUCAGCGACACCCGCAGCAUACCGUCCGCGCCCACGAUAAUGCAGUACGCCGAGUUUCACUUCCGGGAUGUCGGUCAGGAGAUCGAUGUCUAAAGGAGGGUCAGCUGACAAAGAGCGAUACGUACAUUUACUAGGACAAAUUGGCAUCCGACAAACCCUGUAGGUACAUUGUACGGAGUAUGUCACGCUGCUUACAUACAUAACCCCUUCAAGCCGGAAUUCUCAGAUCUCGAUUACGCGGACGUGGACUACAAGUCGUACGGGCCGAUUAAC